AGUAGCAGAAGUGAAGAAGAAAAGAAAAUGAAAAAGAAAAAUCAAAGGGAAAAAAAAGGAAAAAAAAAAAAAAAAAAAAAAAAAAAAACAGUAAAUACAAAAUUUCAGGCAAAAGCUUAGGCAAACAGCGAUGAUGGACGAAAGAGAAACCGAAAGAGAAAGCGAACUCUUUCGUUGUUCUUCUUCAGUUUGAGACUUUCACUCUUUCACUCACUCACAACGAGUUUCAACUUUGAAGUCAAAACCUCUUUUUUAUUUGUUUCUUCUUUGAUCGUUUUUCCGAUCGUAAAAAAAAAAUAGAAUGUUUUUUUUUUCCGGUGAGUCUGUGUCGGUGGAACUUCAAAAGCUAUAACGCGAAAAAAGGAAAAGAGGGUUAAGUGAAUUAACAAAACACUUGUUGUGUUUAGUUUUAAUUAAUAGUUUAAUUAAUUAGUAAUUGAUUAAUUGUGAUUAGUCAAUGAUUAUGAAGAAAGGGAAGGGGAAGAACAACGGCUUGUUACCGAGUUCAUUGAGGAUAAUCUCGUCGUGCUUGAAGACGGUUUCCACCAAUGCCAGCACCGUCGCCUCCACCGUCCGUUCCGCCGGCGCCUCCGUCGCCGCUUCUAUCUCCGCCGCUGCUGAGGAUCAUAAGGAUCAGGUUACUUGGGCUGGUUUUGAUACACUAGAGCUUGAUUCAUCUGUGUUUAAACGAGUUCUUUUACUUGGUUAUCUGAAUGGAUUUCAAGUACUUGACGUGGACGAUGCCUCUAGUUUUACUGAACUUGUUUCAAAGCGCGAUGGUCCAGUUUCUUUCUUACAGAUGCAACCUUUACCUGUUGGCUCUGGUGACCAGGAGGGAUUCAGAAAAUCACAUCCUUUACUGCUGGUUGUUGCUGGGGAUGACGCUGAAAGCAUUAACCAAAAUGGUACUCAUGUUGGUGUGGGAAGAGAUGGUAAGGUGGAGAUUCCAUCUGGAAAUAAUAUCAACUCUGCAACAGCUGUUCGGUUUUAUUCUUUGAAGUCUCACAGUUACGUUCAUUUACUGAGAUUUCGAUCCACCGUGCGCAUGAUCAGAUGCAGUUCAAAGAUAGUAGCUGUUGGUCUUGCCAGCCAAAUAUACUGCUUUGAUGCAUCAACACUUGAGAAUAAAUUCAGCGUCCUCACCUAUCCUGUUCCUCAGUUAUCUGGACAAGGACCAAUAGGUGUUAAUAUGGGUUAUGGUCCAAUGGCUGUGGGUCCAAGGUGGCUAGCAUAUGCUUCCAAUAACCCUCUGCCCGUAAAUGUAGGAUGCUUAAGCCCACAAAACCGAAGUCCUUCUCCAGGAGUUAGUCCAUCGACAUCCCCAGGUAGUGGUAAUUUGGUUGCUCGUUAUGCAAUGGAGUCCAGUAAACAUUUUGCUGCUGGAAUACUCAAAUAUUGUCACGAGCUGCUUCCUGAUGGUUCUAGUUCUCCAGUGCCUCCAAAUUUAGGCUGGAGAGCCGUUAGGGCUACAGGACAUGAGAUGGAUAAUGCAGGAAUGGUAACUAUUAAGGAUUUUGUCUCUAGAGCUAUUAUCUCACAAUUUAAGGCUCACUCAAGUCCUAUAUCUGCACUGUGUUUUGAUCCUAGUGGGACCCUUCUGGUCACUGCAUCUAUACACGGGAAUAACAUUAACAUCUUUCGGAUAAUGCCAUUGUGCACACACAAAGGUUCAGGGCUUCCAAGCUACGACUGGAGUUCAUCUCAUGCACAUCUCUAUAAACUUCAUCGUGGAAUAACACCAGCUAUGAUCCAGGACAUCUGUUUUAGCCAUUAUAGUCAGUGGAUUGCAAUUGUCUCAUCCAAGGGAACUUGUCAUAUUUUUGUUUUGUCACCUUUUGGAGGUGAUACAGGCUUCCAAGUUAUCAAUUCUCAGAGCAAAGAACCCUCAUUACUUCCAAUUUUGAGUCUACCUUGGUGGUCUACUUCAUCGUCUCUUUCUUAUCAGCAACCGUUGCCUCCUCCAGCACCUGUUGUCCUUUCGGUGGUUAGCCGUAUAAAAUAUAGCAGUUUUGGAUGGCUUAAUACUGUUAAUAGUUCUACUGCAAAUGCAUCAGGAAAAGUUUUUGUCCCAUCUGGUGCCAUUGCUGCCAUUUUUCACGAUUCUUUAUCUCACUCACAGCAGCUUGUUAACUCAAAAGGAAAACCCUUAGAGCAUUUGUUGGUAUAUACACCAUCCGGUCAUGUGGUCCAGCAUGAACUUGUGCCUUCUUUAGGUCCAGAACCUGGUGAAAGUGGUUCAAGAGUCCAGUCUGCUGCUAUUAUGCAUAUGCAAGAGGAUGAGUUCAGAGUAAAAGUUGAACCUAUUCAAUGGUGGGAUGUAUGUAGAAGGUCAGAAUGGCCGGAAAGAGGGGACCCUUGUGGGAAUACCUCUGAUCGACAAGAUGUUGAUAAAGUUCAAGAGCAAAUAUGUUCUGGUGGUGUCCAUGGAUUGAAUAUUUUGGAUACAAGUAAUGUUGGGGAAAAGAUGGUGAAACCUUAUACAGGGAAGCCCGAAGACAAAUUUCACUGGUAUCUAUCUCAUGCAGAGGUGCAAAUGAAUUUUGGAAGUAUGCCAGUUUGGCAAAAGUCAAAGAUUUGCUUCUACACAAUGAAUUCCGUGAGAACUAGUUCGAUUGACAGUGGAGAGUAUGAAAUCGAAAAGAUCUCUGCUAAUGAAGUUGAAAUAAGACAGAAGGAGUUGUUGCCUGUUUUUGAUCAUUUUCACAGCACCAGACCAAGCUGGAGCGAGAGAGGCCUACUUUCCGGAGAAAAAUAUUUUAUCGCAUCUCCAAUUCGUAAUCAAAGUGAAGACAAGCAAACUGCUGAUGUGACGGUUAUUUGUCACUCAAAGCCAGCAUCGCUGAGCUCCACUGAGAGCUCUGAUGGAGGUUCAUCAAGGAGGACUGAAAAUCUGUUUGACCUGGAUCAAGUUUCUUCUCCUUGUCAAAUACUUGCCGACAUCCACUUGGAAAGAUUGGGGGCGAUUAACAUUGAACCGUCUGUGCAAAAUAAAAUUACGCUGGAAAAUUCAUCUCGACCAGAAAAUUUCAAGCAUGAUGAAAGGAAAGAGACCAUAGAAGAUGCUAGUAUCUCUGAGGGCUCAGCAUUGCUCAUGAAACAACAUACUGCAGAUAAGAACAAUUUUGGAGAAGUCACAUCAACAAUGCAAAAUGAAUCUUCAUGGCAAUCUUUUUCGGAUGACCAUUGCGAUACACUUAGGGGCGAUGGAAGUAACAUGUUAACUGAAGUAGGAACUGAUGAUGUUGACAGUAGCAGUAGUCACCAUGAAACAGAACAGGAGGAUGAUGAUAAGGAUGAAAUGAUUGGUGGCUUCUUUGUCUUGUCGGAAUAAGGUAAAAAUACAAAUUGCAGUUGAAAUUGAUUGUGGGUGUUCUUCCAUAGUUAAAAUUUAAUUUUACAUCAGAUGAUCAUCUUUUGUUAAUGAAUCAAUUCAAUCAUCUGUACUCAAUAGAUUCUCAGAUUAAAAAGAUAUAAAAGUCUAUGCAUGUUGUGAAUAGCAAACGAACACAUGAACAACAACUAAGGAUAUGAUUGUUGUUCAAUUGUGUGAACCUCCAUUUCCUCUCUCUCUUAACCUUGUACAUUCUAUAGGUGGGAAUUCGUAUAUUCAUGGGUUUACUAAUGUUGGGUUUGGAUUGUUUCAUUAUGCUUAGCAUGUAAAUAUUAUGGAAGUUGUAUAAUAUAUAUUUUUUAAUUCUUGAAUUUGC